AUUCCUUGAUCGUUUUCGCUCAAUGCGCGUGUCGUGUUUCUCUGUUUUGGGCGUUGAGGAGUUAUUCCGAGCAAUUCCGAAAUUCCGAGUCGGAUUUGGAGUUGAACACCUCAACCUACCGAUUUUACAUUUUUCCGUUUUCCUUUUGUCUCUAUUUCGUAUAAUGAUAGCAGACACACAUUUCGUGGGCCUUGGUUGAUGGAUUCUUCAAGGGUGCACCAAGAAGUUGCUUCUCAAUUCUAGAAGCAUGUCAUCACCACCUCCGGCAGCAGGAGGGUUGUUGGAGAACCCUGUGCCAGAGGAGUCGCCGGCACUGCGUGAGACUAUGGCCGAUCUGCAGCCGCCAGCACUGGAUCCAGACUCCACACCACCGGGCCUGGAGUCUGGGAAUCUGUCUGCGUCAGAGCAGGAGUAUGAGGACCAGCCUGCGGCAGACCCGCUGUCCCUGGGACUAGAUUCUGAGGACCAGUCUGUGCUGGCGCAGGAAUAUGAGGACCAGCCCGAAACAGACCCACUGUCCCUGGGGCAGCAGUCUCAGGACCAGUCUGUGCUGGGGGAUCUCCCCGCACCAAACCCUCUGGCCCCUCAGUCUGAUGAUGAGUCUGCAGGAGACACUCCAGUACUAGUACUGCAGUCUGAAAGCCAGUCUGUGGCAGACCCUCCACUCCCAGUACUGAAGUCUGAGAGCCAGUCCGCAGCAGACCCUCCACUUCCAGUACUGAAGUCUGAGAGUCAGUCUGCAGCAGACCCUCCACUUCUGGUGCCAAAGUCUGAGAGCCAGUCCGUGGCAGACCCUCCACUGCCAGCACCGAACUCUCAGGAACAGCCCGCUCCGGCGGCCGCCGCCGCAGAGCCGGGGACCAGCGGCGUCCCCGAGCUGCAGCUCGAGCUGCGCCCCUCCUGCUGCGUCUGCGACGAGAAAUUCCCUAGUGAGGAGGCCCUACAGGAGCACAUGACGGUGCACGAGGCGACGCACCGCUUCUCCUGCCGCAAGUGCGUCUUUCUGUGCCGCACCAAGCACCAGCUGGCCGAGCACAUUCGCAAACAGCACGUUACGGUGAAGCGGCGUCAGCAGACCGCAGAUGGGGUGGACCGGCGGCUGCGCUGUGUGCUGUGUGGCAUCGACAGCUUCCCGAGCUUCUCGUACUUCCACACGCACCACCUGUACCACCACGUGCUGACGCGUCCGUCGCCGGUGGUGGUGCUGGAGCCCCUGGCGUCGGCGCCGCCGGCCGGCCUGCGGCUGACACUGAGGAGGAACAGCUCAGAGCCGGCGGCUCAGUUCCAGGUGGUGCACCCGUCGUCGGCCGAUCUGGACGGCGUCGCCGCCGGCGCUCCCGAGGAGUGGAGCGCCUGGCAGCACGCGGCCGCCGAUCUCUGGACGGACGCGCUCAGUGGCGACAACGACGACGACGACGACGACGAGCCAUGGCCAAAGCCCAAACGGAGUCGCAAGCGCAGCGCGCGGUCAGCCACGCCGCGCGCGGAUCGGCCGCCCGCUGACCCCGAGAGGAAGAGAGAGCGCAGUGGCGGGCGCGGCCGGGGCCGGGGUCGCGGGAGGGGCCGCGGGAAGGGUCGGGGCGCCGCGGAGGGAGGGGGUGUGCCGCUGACGGACGGUGCGGUGACGGACGGUGACCCGGUCGGUGGUCAGACGACCGGAGACGGCGCGGUACAGGUGGAGGUCGGCGGGGGUCCGACCGGAGCCGAGACUCCGGCCGGCGGCGGUCGGGGCAGAGGACAGAGCGGCAGAGGACGGGGCGCCGCCCGGGGACAGGGCGCCGCCGGCAGGGGCCGCGGCGCGAGGACGCCUAGGAAGAGGACCCAGCAGCCGCCGCUGGUCGCAGCGCCGGAGUGCUGGAGCGGGGCGCAGCAGGUCGCCGCCCAGCCUGGCGGGCAGCCGGGGACGUCAGGCAGCCCAGCGCCGCCACCGCAGAGCCCACAUCGAGCCCAGGUGACCGGCGGGACGGCUGCCCCACCGCGCAGUCCUAGAGGGGGUCAGCCGGGCGCUGUGUACCCUCACCCAGCGGGCGGCCCCGCCAGCACCGUCCCUUAUCCUGCCCAGAGGGGGCAGAGUAACGCACCAGCCUGCCCUCCUUACAGCAGGCAGGGCAACGCGCCUCCGUCCUCUCCCAACAACUUCCGGGGAAACACACCGGCGUAUCCUCCGCAAAACCUCCAAGGAAACUUCUGGGCGAACCCUACGCAGAGUGCCCAAGGAAACGUACCGUCAUACCCCACUCACACUGUUCAGGGAAACGCCCAGACGUUUCCUCCUUACAGUGCCCAAGGGAGUGCGGGGGCGGCUCCCCACUCUCAGCAGAGUUUUCAGACCAGUGUCGCGCCCCCUGUGUCAGCCUACCCAGCCUUCUCCACUGCGCCCCAGACCACCUCCUCACACCAGUACACGCAUCCGCCACCCAGUCAGCCCCCGGCCUUUUCACACACCGCGCAGAACACCCCUUCAUCCUCGGUCGGUCCUUAUCCCACCCAGACGUCAUUCGCUGCUUCCACGAGCUCCCAGUAUAAUCCCGGUGCGCAGCCUGGGUACGGUCAACCACUUGUUCAACCUCCUCAUCCUCAUCCUCAGCCUCAGCCGGUGUCUACUGCUGCCCAGUCCUUCAACCAGUCCGGUCAGCACCCGUCUCACUCGCCUGUCCCCGCCUCGCAGCCCGCUGGCCAAGCCUCUCAUUUACCGCCAUCCCCUGGCCCGCAGUACUCCAGCCAUCCGUCGCCCCAUCCGCAGUCUCCUGCCCCGCAGCUAGCCAGUCCUGUGUCUCACCCGCAGUCCUCUGUUCCUCAGUCCUCUCCCCACCCGCCGCCCCACCCACAUUCUGUUCCACAGCCCGGCAGUUGUAUUCCCCCGACCCACCCGCCUCCUGUCGCGCAGCCGGUCGUUCAGUCCUCUCCCCUGCCGUCUUCCCAGGCGGCUCCGGGCUCCGAGCGGCCGCCAGCGCCACAGCCUGGCUCUCCAAUGCUCGGCCGCCCGCCGGCACAGGCGACUACCGACGGCCGCUGGGCCCCGCCGCCGGCCUCGGCUGCCGCGGGGACGCAGCCGGAGGGAGGCGGCGCACCGACGUCAGUAAUCCGGCGGAAUGGCGCCGCCGGAGCCGUGCCGUCCGUCAGCCCCGGUCAGCCGGAAGGCGGCUCCGUGCGGUCGCCGUCCACCCUGCUGCCGCACCUGAUCCCGAUCGAGGCCUCGCGUCCGCCGGCCGCCGCCAUGGUCACACCGCUGGCCGCGCACCCGGCGGCCGUCAGCCCGGAGGCGCCGCGGCCGGCCAGCUUCGGACCCAAGCCGCCCGCUCCGCCGACAGCGGGGACGGGUCAGCCGCUGCCGCCGGCGGCCGGAACCUCAGCCGUGUGCCAGCAGUGCGGAGUGCCGCUGCCAGACGCGGCCGCCGCGCAGCAGCACGCGGCAGUCUAUCACGGCCGACCGCUGCCCUGCCGCAUCUGCUCCUUCUGGCCGACCACGGCGGCCGAGCUGCAGCAUCACCUGAACACGGUACACGGCGGAGGACAGUGGCAGGCGCCGCGGCCGCGGCAGCCGCAGCCGGCCGGCGCGCCCCGCGCACCCAUGGCACCGCCGGCCAAACGGCCGCGGAUGGUCGCUCCUCAGGGCGUCGGUCAGUACGCGGCCGUGGGCACGGGCCGCGGCGUCAGCCCGACCGCCGCCGGUGCGGCCGGCGUCGGCAGGGGCCAGUUCGCCGUGCCCUCGCCGCCCGGCUCGUUCCUCUGCCGCUACUGUCGACGCCAGUACACCUCAGCGGCGGCGCGCAACCAGCACGAGGCCACCGCUCACGUGUCGCAGGGCCACAAGCUGCCGCCGCCGCCGCCGGGGCCCCAGCCGCGGCCGCGUCACCCGUCGCCUGUGCGGCCGCCGCUGAACCAGAGGCGGCGCGGCGGCGGGGCGGCCGGCGCGCGGCCCGGCGCGCCCGCUCAGCUGGUGGUGCCUGUGUUUGACCUCAGUGUGGCGAACGCGGCGCGGCUGGACGCGCUGGGUGUGUGCGGCUUCCUACCGGUCUCCAAACUGGGCGAGAACCGCGGCCAGCUCGGCCUGCCAGUGGUCAGCGUGCAGGGUAUCACCAAGAUGGGGCCCAGCCCGCGGCCCGUGGCGUUCUUCCAUCUGGGAGAGGCGUUCUCACUGCGACAGUGAGUCAGCAGACAAGCCAAGUGAGUUCUCACUCGCUCUACCAAUGAGUUUAGUGAGUGGCUGUGGACAUCCGUGUGGGAGCGUAUUGUUGCCUGUUCAGAUCCAGUGCACAGGGUCGAAGCGCACAGGCCGCGGAGUUGACUAUCGGAGCUCAGACUUAAGUGCACCUGCCAUAUGAGGCUCGCAAAUACUGUUCGUUUCAGCACAGUUUUCGGGCCCAUCGCUUUGUUACUGCAUUCGUUCCGUUGUUGCGAUUUAGUAUGCAAAGUUUGCUACGUUUUGCGCUAUUAAAGAUGUGCCUUUUCCACGGCAGUACGCUUUGACGACCUUUUUGCAUUAGACGCUUUAUCACCUUUGCUGAGGCAAUAACUCAAGAGUUUUGUAUGGACGUUUGGACAUGGGAUGGCGGAGGGAGCGUUGGAUAUCACAUUGUAGUGUCGGGCCACCGGGCCUCGCAGCUGUGGUUUCGCUGUGGCCACAAGUUCGCUGAGACUCGGAGUUGGUCGGUGUGGAAGUGUGUCUGUAAAUAUCCUGUCUCUGUACCCAGAGGUAUAAGUCGUCUUACCGCUGACCCGAUCGAAUCGACGUUUCUUGGUGAGACGAUGCGCCGCCGUGGUAGCUAGCUAUACCCGCUCGCCAUCGCACAGUUGUAACUCUGAAUCCCAGGUCAGUAUCUCAUGUUUUGUUCUUUAGUACAUACACGUCACUCAACAUGCAUCUCCCAGCGGGGGUCUUGAGGCACGUGAGGCCCUCACUCGUAUUUCUCAGUGACGCCCGCCCGUUCUUAGUGCCACUGUUUCGCUCCGCGCCGAGCUUGUGAGACGGGCUGACCGACAGAGCAGCUCCUGUGUAUCUGUUGUCGCGGUGUUUUGUACGGUCGGCCUCAGUGCUGUGCUGUUUUGUAUGCGUGUUUGUGUAGGUGUCUGUGAGAUGCGUCAGUGUUCGAAUUGUUCAGCCAAGACAUGUUGUAACCUUGUA